AUGAUCACAGCCGACGCUCAAUAUCCAGCACCGUGGCUAAUAACAAGGUCGUGCGUGGAGCCGAGUGUUUGCGCGCGCGCCGCCCACAACGCAAGCAAAAACAGACCUUCUGGAGUAUUGCCCUCUGACGCCGCUCGGGUCAUGCUCGUGCCAAAACCGGGAGUCGAAGGCAGCGAAUACGUCAACGCAUCCUGGGUGUGUGGCCGGCGACGGACGCGCGAGUACGCAGUGGCUCAGCAUCCCACCGCCGCGGCAGUGCCGGAUCUAUGGCGCCUGCUGUGGGACCACACGGCUCAACUGGUGCUGACGCUGUCGGACACGGAUGACCCGGAAUGCGAAGUUUUCUGGCCAACGGAAGAAGAAAAAGAACUCUUUGUGGCAAACUUCAGAGCUAGUUUCGUGUCUAAGGACAUCUAUGUGGCGUACCGUAAGUCUGAAAGAAAAACACCGGUAGAGACCCCAGUGGAACCAGAGACCAACGGAUAUAGGAGGCAGGAAAGCAGUGAUUGUGCGGACGACGAGAGACUCAUACCAGAAAACGGCUCGCCAGUCAACGACGCCGAACCCGCGUACAGAUUCGACAGAACCGAACUGAGACUGGAACGUCUCAGCAGCGGAAACAGGGACCUAUCUGCGCGGAAAUCCAUAGCCAACGGGGACCUAUUCUCCUCGCUAUCGGAAACGAAGAAAAACGGCCCCAAAUCGCCGAGAAGUCCGUCGAAAAUGUCGCUCAAAAACUUCAAGUUGAGUUCGCCCACGAAAUUCAAGUUUCCCGAUUGGGGGUCCCGGGCUUGCGGCUCGCCCCCCGAUGUAGCCCCCCCUCCCCCGCCCGUCGCCCCCGCUCUAACUGUCGAAGAGGAAGCCGAAUUACGGAGACCGUGUUACAUGUUCGAGAAAGUGGACCGAGUUCCUGACAGCAUACCUUCGGAUCGCGUGAUCGAGGUCACAAACGUCAGUGUGCACUCGUUGCAAGACGACUACCAACUCAGUGUUAAGUUUAUCAAGUGCAGUGGGUGGUUAGAUGGGGAUACCACGGAGUAUAAGGCGGGGAACCCCGAUGAGAAUGAGUUUGUGAGGGCCGUGAAAGAGGCCGCGAGUGAUUCUGAGAGGGAAGCGGCGGUAGACAGGCUCAUACAACCGUAUAGAGAUUCCUUCGGGCUUAUUGAGUUCGUCGCAGGCUGUCAAAUGGAGUACAAGAAUGGACCUGUCGUCGUUGUUGAUAAAUACGGCGGCAGCAAAGCGCUAAGCUUCUGCACGCUCAGCGCAGCGUGCGGCGGCGCCCGCGACCCGACCGCCAACGACCCGGGCGCCGAGUUCCGACCCGCCAGCGACCGCGCCGCCUCGCUCUACACGUGCGCCGCGCUCGCCGCCCACGCGCGCUGCCACGCCGGCCACGCGCCGCACGCGCUGCCGGCGCUGCUGGCGUCGUACUGCGCGCUGGCGCACUACGGCACGCUGCUGGCCGCGCCCGAGCACAGGUACUCCAGCGCAUCUCACCAAGUGUCACGGUAAUACACAGGUUGUAUCCGAAUUGAAUGAAUACUCAGACGCGUGCACACGCGAGCGGUUUUAGUUGUCGCCCUCAAAGUAGGACAGUAGGUAUUGACUCACCCGCGACGAAAUGCGUCAAAAUGACGCGCACGACGUGAACUCGUGCGGGAAUAUCACGCACGGCCAUCCGUCAAGUUGACGCGCAGAGUGGUGUCCAAUACUCAAUGUAUAUUUAAUGUAUAUGACUUUUCAAGCUUAUUAUGAUACAUAAUUCGUUGUGAACAUCCCAAACCACCUACCAACGUGAAGUAAACACGGUUAAGUGCAAGCCUUUCGUAUUAUUGGCAACGCUUGUACGUGACUAGCAUUUAUUAUUUUAUAGACCAGUAAUUUUCAAUAAUGUGGCAAUCUGUAAUGCUCAAAUGUAUUGAAACAAUAAAAUUAGCGGGAUUUAUAAAUUAUUUGGUGUAAGGCUUCGUCUCUUAUGAAAUAAGAUGUGGUUGUGUGCAUAUAUUUACUACAGCAGAUGUGGAUUUUUCUAGCAUUUUUUUCUAUGGUAUGGUAGAUUGUCGCAAGUGACGAGCAGUACUGUAUAAACUCCUUGGAUUUUCAUUUUGUGAAACUACAUUACACCUAGCGCAAAUCUAUGCAUAAUAUUCACUACUGAAUUGCACUCAUUUGAGUUUUGCAGUGUAUUUGUUAAGAAAUAUUGUAUGUGGUCAAGUCUCUCAAAUGGUACGAGAUUUUUGACUGUUCAAGACUGAUUUGAUUAAUGUGUAUUGCUACAGAAAAAUACAGCUUGUUAUUUUUUUCUUAAGCUGCAACUUUUUGUGUGGUAAAAAGAAAUAAGGCCCAGCAAAGGUGAAAAUUCAGUGAGUUUAUACAUGAAGGUACCGCAAACCAGUACGAACAAUUUAUAAUUUAGAAUAGCAAAAAGCCAUAUUGUAGUAUUCCACACAGUUAUAGACCCAGUGCAAUAGUAUCUUUACGUGUUCCGAUAGGCAAGGAAUAGAAUAUAUUUUUAAUAUUUUUUUCGUAGCCAUGUUUUGUCUAUGGUAAGAAGAAGGUUGUUCGGUCGAUGGUGGAGUUUUCUUUGUAAUUUAAAUAUACACAAGUGUGUAAUAUAUCAUACCGUCGGUAUGGCGGAUUUGUCUAUAUUCGCAUUGGAAAGUAUACUCUAUUGACUAUUGGCGCAAAAUUGCGUUCUAUUCUUUAUACCAAUACGGUAAAUUUUCGAAUGUCAUACGGACAUUAUUUGUAAUUCCUAUUAAAUCAAGUUUAUGGUCCAGUAUUUUUAUUAUAACAAUGUAAUUUAGCGUAUUGUAUUGUAUUGUAAUUAAUAUAAAUGUGAAGACUGCUGUUAGUGGUGUGUCAAUUAAGUGAAGAUGGACUUUGUUUGAGAAAAGGGUAUAAUUCUUUUGAACAUGUUAUUUCUUCAAUAGUAUUUAUGUUAUAGCAUCAUUUAUAAUGAUUUGUAGUGUAAUGUAUCAUUUUAUUAAUUCAUCAUGGCAUAAGUAUAAUUUAAAGACUUUCUAAAAGAAUUGUACCCUAACAUACAUACUUCGACAAAGAGAUAUUGGAAGAAGAGCGUAACAUUUAAAACACAACAUGUUCAUAUUACAAGUACCUAAGUGCUUAUCUAGAUUCAAUCUUAUGUUAAUGCGUUUAAAAUAAGUUUUGGUGUAAAAGAGACAAGUCUUGCGUUUCAUAGAGCGCUGUCUUCUUUUCUCCGGCUAUUUUUAAGGUGCUCAUUCACCGAAAGCAUUUUCAUGAGGCUCAAGAUAGUAUUCUAGCGGAAGGUUAAGACAUUAAGCUCAAAUACGAAUGUUAUACGGUUACAUUACACGUAAAUAGCCCAGUGAAUGAGCGCCACUAGAUUUUUCUGUCCAUUUUCAUCAAAACAUAGUAGUAGUAGUUCAAUAUUGUUGUCAAGUCCUCAGAUAUUGAUUGAUAAUGACAUAGCACGAGUGGAUAGCUUGGUGUUGCCAUCUUUUUUCAUCUAGCAAGACGAGGCUAAAUAUUAGUUAUUAUUAUAUUUCUAGCUACGUGUUGUUGUAAAUCGUUAGAAAAACACGGGAUUCAAAUCCACUAAAGUCUGCAGUUAUUUUUUCGCUAUCCACUCUGGGGGGUCUACUCUAAAAACGAUGUCGAUAUAAUCAAACGACAGUGCGUCGGAUUGUUAAUACUUAAAUGUUCGUUAUAGUUAUCGUAUCGAUUUUGUUACGAUAUAUCAUUUAUCGUUUCUCGAAGUAAACCUCCAGCUUGUUCUACAGUGCUACAAACUUGGGUUAAUUUCGCAAAACUUAAUUAUAAUGAUUACUUUGAGGUUGUGGAAUAUCCAAAAAAAGAAUACACAAAAGUAUGAUUAUAUAAAUUUUUAAGAAGUCAAUGUUGCGUCCUACAAAAACUUUAAAUAGUUUUACCAUAUCAUUGAAUGAAUCGGCACAAAAGACAACAGGAUUUCUCGAAUGAUGGUAUAAAUUAUUAUAUUGAGAGACAACAGCGUUUUGGUGUACUCGAUAUUGCGUAAAAUUCGCCAAAACAAAAUCAAAAUUUUAUACACAUCUGCAUAGAAUUUGCUUUGGCGUCGUAUCUAAGUUUGUGGCACUGUACUCGGUGUUGCUAGUUUUGAAAUGUGUCGAACGUAGAGCGGGUGACGUUUGUGCGAUCAACGUGCCAUGUAGCCUAAUAUUAUACACUAUGUAUAUCGCCGAUAGAUAGUUUCAAUUUUUAAUCAGUUUAGUAAAUAUACACGUGAACUACAUCUGAGGUGGAAUUGUGUAAAGCAAUCGUUAUCAUUUGACAGUUCAUAACGUACGAUUAUUCUGUCAAACGCUUUG